AUGAAUAUUGUUGCGGCGAAAAAAGGAGAAGAUAAGAAAGAUGCGUGGAAACAACAGUUGAAACAACGAAAUGGAAGUGCAGAUGAACUGGAAAAGAUUGUUGAACAAACGUCUAAAGAACGUCUUUUGCUUGAAAAACAAGUUUCUUCAAACGUCGAGAAUUUACGAGAAGAAAUAAAGGAUAUCACCGCUCAAAACACAAGACUAGCAAAUGAUAACGAUAUUUUAAAAGAGGAAGUUUGUAAACUGCAAGAUUUUAAAUCAAAACAUGACACAAUUUCAACUCGACUGAAAGAAGUCCAGACACGCAAUGAGAAACUGGAAAAUGCGUGUUCGGAAAAGGAAAAGCGGUUGUAUAAAUUGGAUUUAGAAAAACAAGCGUUCACUGCGAAGAACAAUGCAUUACAGAAGAAAAACAACGAGUUGUUAUCCAAAGUUGACCAGCUUAAUCAGGUUGAAAGAGAAUGCUCUCGUUUAAAAGAGAGUAUCCAAACAUUGGAAAACGAGAAUCUUGCGAUGAAAGAGGAGAAUGUGAAAUUAAGAAACGAAAUCAAAGACUUAUCCGAAGUUAAAAAGGAAGCCGAACAGUUAAAGCUAGAUAAUAUGGAUUUGGAAAAGCAAAGGGAAAAUGUUUCGUUGAAGCUCGAGGAACGAGAUCAGGAAAUUUCAUCUCUUUAUGAGGCACAAGAAGUGGCUCAGAGAAAUCAUUCAGCAGAAGUGAGUGGUUUGGAGGACAUGGUGCGCCGAUUAAAGGAACAAAAAGCGAGGAGUAUUCGUGAAGAAAAGAUGGCCGAAUCUCGUAACACGAAAAGUUCAGUGCUGACGUCGACACCAAAAGACAGCAAGAGUACCCAGACCUCUCGUCCGUCAUCCCCGGUCAUGUCACCAAUAAUACACAACGAAAUACAUGAGUUGCAACGAGACUCUCAAAAAGACGAAGACAUAAAGAGUAUCGAUGAUGAUUCGGGUCAGGAACUCCUAAAUGUCCCGUACAACGGAACGAGUUCUUCGACUAGUUUCGAUUUGGAAAAAGCGGGAACACGAAUUCAGCAGUUGGCUGCUUCAGAUUCUGACGAGAUUGAUUCUAAUUUUGUGAAAACCCAGAAACAAUCGCCCGUGUCAUCGGAGAUCAGCGAGUCUUCGGAGCCGAGUGUCGAAGAUCAGACGAACGAGGAAGAUAAAAGUUACAGCGCGGAUGUGAGCCAAGCCAGUGAUGUUGAAGAACUUCGUGUCAAUAAGACAUUGCAAGAUGUCCAGCAAGAAUCAGACUUUUACGAUCCCAGAGACGAUUUACAUCGGAAGUCCGCUUCAAGACUCUCCCGACUUGGAAGAAAACUCUCCAUAUUCAUCGCUAAGUACAAUUAUGAUCCAAUGCUAUAUUCUCCUAACGAGAACCCAGAAAUGGAGCUCGCUUUUCAAGCUGGAGAUUAUCUGUAUGCUUACGGAGAUGUCGAUGGGGAUGGUUUCUACGUGGGUGAGCUCAUGAACGGCGAACGCGGUCUUGUUCCUUCGAAUUUUGUGGAACAAAUCGCAGAGGAAGAGGCCAUUUUGAAAGAAAGCGAUGACUUAGAUGCUGAUUCAGAUAGCGAAGAAGACAGUUCAGAGGACGAAAUAACGUUAAAAGACGAGGAUGGCGAGAAGAGAGUAAUACGACCGAAAGCAUUUUCGGAACGUCGUCAUGAGAUGUUUCGAUCAUCUCUUGAUCACGUGCUCACUGAACAACUCGAUGACAUCCGGGAGUCUGAGGAAGACGACCUGGAAAUGAGUUCCCUCUCCGAGGACGAGCUGGGAAACCGGAAAAACCAGAAAAACAAGAGCAAUAAACCGGAAGCGGAUCAGGUUUCUAGCGAUGGAUUGGAUUCGAUCGAUUCUGAUGUCCCAGAACCACGCAUUCCAUCACCGACUAAACUCUCUCUGGAUCGUCAGUUUACGAACAGUGCAUUGAUAAGCUGGCGAGGAGCGCAGCUGCCCAAUGAUGAAAUCCAGGGAUACAAUGUUUAUGUCGACGGGAAAUUCAAGACCCAGAUCAAAGGAAGCAAAAAGACGAACGUCGUUGUGGAAGAUAUCAAACCCACCGAGACAUAUCGAGUAUCGGUGCGAACAAAGUCGGUCAGCGGUGUUGAGUCACCUGAUACCGACGCUACAAUGGUUUUUGGUCCAGAUGCCACGUUGUCGCCUAGCAACGUCGAUGUAACCAAGAUCACAGCCACGUCAGGAGAGCUUCAAUGGUUGCCAUCUCACAGUAGCUACCAACACGAGAUUUUCUUGAACGAAACAUUACUGGAAAAUGUCAAAGCUGGUUGUUCAUCUUUUGCGUUUAACGAUCUUUCUCCUUCGACGCAAUAUCACAUACGAGUGCGGACAAUAAUCCCUGGCCAUCUUGAAAUGUCUGGGCGUAAGCUCACAGAGAAGGAUUUAAGUGCUGAAGUGGAGUUCACAACGGCUGAUGGAGGAUUACCAGAGCCUCCUGUUGAUCUUCGACUUUCCCAGCGGACGUCAGAGAACGUGGUUCUAACUUGGUUACCAGUCACUCUUUCUCUCGAUGGCUACUCUAAUGGUUAUAAAGUGAGCGGUUAUAAGAUUUACGUAAAUGAUAUUUAUUGCACGGAGAUUGUUUCUGCCUGUGUGGACAGCAUAGUAAUACCAGUGGAAAAACUGAGAAAUCUCGGAAAGCGACACGACUUUUCGCGCAUGCGCUUUGUUGUUAGAACGCUGUCCGUACUAGGCGAGUCUCUCGACUCGAAUGCUGUGGAAAUUUGCUCCGAAGAUCAUGAAAUAGAGAAUAGGACUUGUGGGAAGGUGGAAGGAGCUAUCUUAAGUGUGAAUAAUAAAGAUAAAAAAGAUUUCGAGACAAGAAGUAAUUCAGAUUUGCGUCAAAAUAUUGAUGGAGGCAAUUUAUUGAGUGAUGGCAAUGCUAUAGUCUCAAGGGAUUUGGCCCAUUCUUUGGAAGCGAACUCUACAGCAUUAGAAAGUAAAAACAAUUCUGAAUUGUCGAAAAAAAGCGUUGGAGAAAGCUGGUCUAAUAAAGAAGGUACAAGGAACCAAGGUGCCUUUUCAAGUAAUGAAAGCGAUCAGGAAGACAGCGGCGACGGUGUUCACCAGGCUACGUCGAGUAUGGAUUCGACUUCGGAAAGUAGGACCAGUAGGAAAUCGAAUGUUUCCGAGGUUGCCGAGUUGAAUUCAGGAAGUAAGGAUGACAACGAGAACGUGAAAGAUGGCGGACUAGAAAAAGAUACGACGAGUGCCACCGAUGUUCCUCCGACGCUUGUCCGAAGGCCACCAAUCGUCAACCGGUAUGAUGUUGAAACGGAAAGUGAAAGUUAUAGCACGGAGUCUAAGACCGUUGACACGGAAGAUGAAUUGAUUGAAAGAUUUGAACAUUUUGAGAUUUCGGGGAAAAACGAAGUCGACGUCGCCUAUAAAAACGACGAAGACUAUAACAUGAACGAAUUACCCGAAUGUGACACUCUCGGCGGUAAUCAUCCAGGGACUAAAGAAAACAGUUCGAAAAGCGAACCACGCGAAGAAGAAGAUAUCACAAGAAGCGAUGGCAAUAAUACAGAUUCUUCACCCCAGGGUAAUGGAAUUUCACAGAACAAUUUAGCUACAGAUCAUCGCUCCUCAGGGAGCGAGACUUAUAGCGAAAAAAAGGAGGACAAGAAUCGCUCGAAAGAUUUUCAAGCAUUCAUUCAGAAUGCGGUGUCGGAUGAUAUGAGCAGUGGGGCAAGGGGGAGUGGUCCCACUCUGACUAUUGGACCACCGGAUUCUGAAAGCGAAACCGACACAGAAUACGGGCCACCGUUAUCUGUCAUACACGAAGUUGAUGAAGAUAAUCUCACCGAAACAAACAGUCGCACCUCACAAGAUAGAACAAGUGAUGAUGAAGCCACUCUUUCUAAUAAACAACUAACUUCUCUCCCGGAUGACCAUUCUAGGAACUCGAAUCUAACUGGGAGUUGGAGCCGAACCAUUACGUCCGAUGACGAGGGUUUCCGAACUGAAGACGAUGUUUUAGAUCUCCUUGAUGGCGAGGAUGAGUCUAUGAUUGGUGGGCCUACGGUUGACAAUACAACAUCUACGACAAAGAAAGGACAAAGUGCGAGUACAUCUAGGGUCGAUAAGGGUAAUUUUAGAACUACGAGUGAUAAUCGAAAUGACACCGAUUAUAGGACAAUUGGUAGUAACGAUGAACAAACUAUGGAUAAUGCUGAGAUUUUGAGGGAUAGAAGUGUUCAGAAAGAUAAAAUUGAUGGGGUUACCCAGGAAAAUGAGACAGACUUAGAUUCCGUAAAUCUCACGGAAAAGGCAAGCGGCAAUACACAGGUAAGAUCUGAUGAUAAUAGUUCUAAGGGUGAGAAAGUUUCUGUCAACUGUCACAAUCAAGACAACACAGAACCUAAUUCCGAUGGAAAUAAGACAGAAGACGAAGAGUCGACUGAAAAUAUUAGCGAGUCAAGUUGUCCCACAAGAGCGUCUUUAAGAUCAGAUAGUUCUCUUUCUGAAGAACCUCCUGCAGCUGAAAACGCUUUAGAGGCCAUCAUAGCUACGCUAUCCUUGCCCGAUAACUGCCGGGGCACGGUGCAGACUGGAAGCGAUGGUAACGAAAACAUUCCGAGUGGUUCCGAACGAACGUCCGAAGUCGUUUCUGCUGAGAACAGAUCUGACUCGGAAGGGAGCGAGGUUGCUUCGGAACAAGUUCGUUACUACAUCGCGUUGUAUAGAUAUGACCCGAUGACUAUGUCGCCGAAUGUGGACGGAGCUGACGAAGAAUUGCCAUUCAAUGAAGGAGACAUUAUCAGGGUGAUUGGCGAUGUGGACGAUGAUGGUUUCCUCUGGGGUGAAUGUAAACUCAAGCAAGGAUUGGUUCCAUCAAAUAUGGUCUCCGAAGUCGAUAUCAACGAAGCAGAAGACUUGUUUAACGAAUAUACCAAUGACGUCAGAUUACAAAAUGAGCUGAAUUUACAUGACCAAGUCAAUGGGGAACUGGACGUCGAUAUUAUUUCGCAGAAUCUUGGAGAGACUGGAACUAGUGGUGACAGGUUGUCGUUUUGGGAGAAUUUGGAAAGUGAUGAUUUGCGACCAAGAAAGAUGAAAGCUCUGUAUGAUUAUGAUCCAUUGAGCGAUUCUCCUAACGUCGACAGUGAGGUUGAAUUGAAGUUCAAGUCCGGGGAAAUUAUUUUCGUUUUUGGUGGGAUCCACGACGACGGUUUCUUCGAUGGCGAAUUAAAUGGUAUUCGAGGUCUUGUUCCCUCAAAUUUCUUGAAGCCCGUUGAGGAAUUAAACCACGUUGAAUUGCUUGCAAAUGAAAAAACCUCGGAUUCGAAGACAAAAUCACCCUCAAAUGCACAGGAACAGUCACUGAACAACCUCAACCAUAGUCCCACUGAAGAUGGCGGAAUUCCUCACAAGAAAAGGAAGAAUAUUUUCUCCAAGGGAAGGAAAAUGUUUAAGAAAGCUUUCAAGUAGAAAAAGUCACAGGAUAUACUUCAGUUGGUAAAGUGUGCGCGUAUGAAUGAUGUAGUCAAUUGAAAGAGACCAAAUUACUGUUUAAGAAGGUUUUAAAACGUAUAUUUUAAUCAAAGAAAAACGGGUAAGCGAAGUAACCUCGAUACUUUUUAAUGUGUCUUUUAUUUAGUUGUUAUAUACUACUUCUUACUACUUCUUAAAAAUACAAGUUGACAUCUAACAAUAUGGCAACUAAUAUUGAAUGUAUUCUUUAAAUGAUCAAAAUUUUACGCGUAGUAUAGACCUAUUUAAAAUUCUCAGCACGCCUUAUUCAAACCUCCGAGCCCUCGUUAAACUACAAAUCACUUUUAGCUUUCGUAUAUAUAUUUAAUACCAGGUUUAAGUUAUUUAAAUAACAACUGUACAGAUAGUGUAUAAAGAAAUGCUAAUCUGACAACUUCACCUCGUAAAUUACUUCAUAAACUAGCGUACUUCCAAAAUAUAUCAGAAAAUCGUUUAGC